UCCUCUCUCUUUCUCUCUCCCACACACUCUCACACGGGGCAGUGAGAAGGGACUCCGCAAGCAGCAAAGGUCAGACUAGCAUUCCACUUCUCCACCUGGAAACAUGAGUUACUCCGGCGACGUCUACUCCAGCAGUUCCUAUCGGAAGAUCUUCGGGGAUGCGCCCCGGAGCUCCGGCCGCAUGUCGGUGGGCAGCAGCCCCUCUCGCCUGUCCGGCGGAUACCGCUCCAGCGGCUCACACCGCAACUAUGGCUCCCCAUCCAUGGUCACAUCCUCCGGCUACCGCAAGGCGGGUGCCGGGCGCAACUUCCACUCCUCCAUGCCCGACUCCAUGGACUUGACCCAGUCCACGGCCGUCACCAACGAGAUGAAAAUCAUCCGCACCAACGAGAAGGAGCAGCUCCAGGGCUUGAACGACCGCUUCGUCUCCUUCAUUGAGAAGGUCCACAACCUGGAGCAACAGAACAAGGUUCUGGAAGCCGAGGUGACUCUACUGCGCCAGCGCCACACAGAGCCCUCCCGUCUGCACGACUUGUACGAGCAGGAGAUCCGGGAGUUGAGAGCGCGGGUCGAGGAGCUGACGCACGAAAAGAGCCAGAUGCACCUAGACUGCGUGCAGAUGAACGAGAUGCUGGACCGCGUGAAGGAGAAGCUGGACGAGGAGACGAGGCUCCGCGAGGAGGCGGAGGGCACCUUGAAGAGCUACCGUAAGGACGUGGAUGACGCCACGAUGUCCCGACUCGAGCUGGAGAAGAAAGUCGAGUCACUGCUGGAUGAGAUCGCCUUCCUCAGGAAAGUGCACGAAGAGGAGCAGCAAGAGCUGCAGGCUUCCCUGCAAGCCACACAGGUUUCAGUGGAGAUGGACAUGAGGGAUGAUAAACCCGACCUGGCCGUGGCCCUGAAGGACAUCCGUGCCCAGUACGAGGUCCUGUCAGCCAAGAAUCAGAACCAGGCUGAGGAGUGGUACCGCUCUAAGUUUGCCAGUGUGAACGAGGCGGCCUCCCGCAACCAGGACCAGGCGAAGCAUAGCAGGGAGGAGCUAAAUGAGUAUCGCAGGCAGGUGCAGGCCCGCAGCCUGGAGAUCGAGGCUCUCAGGGGCCACAACGAGGCCCUGGAGAGGCAGAUGGCUGAGCUGGAGGACCGCCAUAGCAACGAGAUGGGAGAGAUGCAGGAGACCAUCCAGGAGCUUGAGUCUGCCCUCCGCAGCACCAAGGGGGAGAUGUCCCGUCACUUGCGUGAGUACCAGGACCUGUUGAAUGUCAAGAUGGCCCUGGACAUUGAGAUCGCUGCUUACAGGAAGCUGCUGGAAGGUGAAGAGUGCCGUCUGAGUACAGUUGGCGGAAAUAUCUUGCAGUCAGGUUACUCUGGCUUCUCCUAUUCGUCCAGCCGCUCCUACGCCCUGGGUUCCUCCGCCCCUUACAGGAUGAGGGGAGCCAGGCCUGAGGAACCAGAGAAGGAGGAGGAUGAGGAAGAGAAGGAGGAAGAGGAGAACGAGGAGGAAGGAGAGGAGGGAGGGGAUGGAGAGGAGAAUGGAGAUGAGAAUGCGGUGGAGAAUGGAGAGGGAGAUGAGGAGGAAGAUGAGGAAGAGGAGGAUGACGUUCAGAAGAAGAAAGAAGAGAAGGGGGGUGCUCCCAGCAAGAGCACCAAGAGCUAAACUGCUUGUGUCAUUGAUCAUCAAUGCCUUUCGCCCUACUACAGUCCACUCAUUCACUCAUAUGGAUCCCUUCCCUGUCACCUCAUUUCUGAUACACAAGGACACACACACUUACCGUACUCAUGCCAGAUGCCUCACACACACGUACCUUCUCCUCUCGCUCUCUGGGUAUCAAUAAUCAGCUGUGUGGUGGAAAACAGAAAGACAGACAACGCAGAGAGGUGCAUUACCCUGCCAGAAGAUAAAUCUGCAGCUACAUUUUCUCAGUAUUCUAUGUCACGGUUUUACUCCAUAGAUGAUGGUUACCACAGGGAGCAGAGGGAAGGUGGUCAACGUUACAGUAUUAAGCCAGUCAGUCAGCAAAAGAGAAUGCCUUAAAGCAAGUAUGAUGUCAGAUUAAGAAGUCAGGGAUGAUAUCGCCCAGUAAGGUCCCGUCUUUAUGUGCCAUUAAGGAUAUGAGAUGUGGUUAUUAGGAGCAAUUCAAUUGUAAUCUUGAAGGUAAUAGUAGGAUACUGGUAGUAGCACACAGACUAUGCCGACUAUAUGCACAAAGGUCUAGAGCAUAGAGCUUUACCAACUUUUACCAGUCCAACAUUUAAGGUGCUUUUUGAAGAAAUACGUAAAGAUCAUGCCCAUGGGUGCCAUGCCAUAUUCUGAGCUGAAGAUAUCAACUGGCACACUGAAUGCUCCUCCCUCCUCUCUUUGUCAUUCACAGGAGAAAGAUAUGGAAUGCUCUGUCCAUUGAGCCACUUUCUUUUCCAUCACUUUUCAUCACCAGAAAAGUCAAUAUUUCCCCACUCACCUUCCCCCCUCUCUCUGUCACUGCGAAUGUCAUAGCACGGCAAAAUGACAACAUGGAUUCUAGAAAAAAGUACAUGAAAUCAUAGCGUUUAUUUGGGAGGGUUCUAAUUUCAAAGGUAGGAGAUAAGUGCAUUGUGCAGCACCUCUUCUGUAUUCAGAAGGACAACAUUCAGGACUGAGAAAUGUAGAGUUUUAAAAUGCUGCUAUUUAUCACACUAUACCCUUAUAUUUGAUGUUGAAAUACCCUCUCUUGAUUGAUUCAUUUGUCACUGAAUGGAUAUACCCUCAAAGUAAGAUAACUCUCUCUAAACCUGAGGUAAAUGUCUCUCCUAGUCCCUUCCUUUCCCUAGAGCAGCCUAAGACUUGUUUGUUUACUAUCUGUGGUCGUUUACUGCUCUGUACCCUACGACCUUCUGGCUGGUGGUUUGAGUGGUAGAGUGUGUGUUGUUAAGUCCCAAAUGGUACCCUAUUCCGUAUUUUCUGCACUACUUUUGAUCAGAGCCCAUCGGGAUGCAGCCUGUGUUUGCUUUUAGCAGUGUGCUCUGCUCCAGACAGUUAACAGGCCUGUGGCUGCUGUGAAGGACAGCUGGAGGUGACAAUGAGUGAGAGACAGCCCUCCACUCUGACUGCAUCACAGGCGGCCGGCCGGUGGCACCUUAAUUGGGGAGUACGGUCUCAUAGUAAUGGCUGGAAUGGAAUGGAAUCAAACACACCAAACACAUGGUUUCCAUGUGGUUGAUAACAUUCCAUUCACUCAAUUCCAGUCCUUAUGAGCCAUCCUCCCCUAAGCAGCCUCAUGUGGACUGCAGGACCAAGUGGCAGACGGUGCAGAUGCCACUGGGGUCAUGGGAGGUCACAUGGUGCUGCGCCACAGAUAAGGGCUAUUAUCACCAUACCCCCGACCCCCCCCCCCCCC